CGGCGCCGGCGGCGGCUCAGACCGCGCCGCGCCGCGCCGCCGACCGGUAGUGCCGUCGCCGCCCCGAUGACUAGUGUGCUGGCGCCGUGCAGUGUGUCCGCAAUGGGCGUCAGCCGGGUGGAACGGACGGCGCCGCAGCUCGACAACGCCAUGCUGCGCGAGAUCCUGGGCCGCGGCGGCCCGGCCGGCCGCCACUUGUCGGCCAGUCCGCCGCCGAGCGAGCCGGGCGCCGCGGAGCGCUCCUCGGCAGAGAUGCCCAGCCCGCCCGGCUCGCCGUCUGAAGACAAGAAGUCACGUCUGGAGAGCAUCGUCUCCGGGAUGCAGCCGGCCGCCGCCGCCUCUCCGCAGCCCGUCAACGGCUGCAAGAAGCGCAAGCUCUACCAGCCGGUGCAGCACGAGGCGGCGGCCCGCAGCGGCAGUGACUCGGAGCCGGAGCCGGAGCAGCCGGAGCCGGAGCUGGGUGACGGCGCCGCGCACAGCGAGCUGAGCUCGGUGCGCAGCCAGCUGGCGCUGAUGCAGGAGCGGUACGCCCAGCUGUACCGCGAGCAGGCAGCCGCCAUCAACAAACAGGAGCAGGAGCAGCGCGACCAGGAGCCCGACCAGGAGCCGCAGACGCCCGAGCAGUCGCCCGAGCGGCCGCGCGCCGAGGCCGCCGCCCGACCCACGCCCACCCGGCCCGACGACACUCCAGCGGCCAGCUUCAUCGACUAUGCGCGCCGCGUGCUCAGCGCCGACCUCAAGAGCAAGGAGUCGGAGCGGCGGCCGCGGCCCGCCGCCCCCGCCGCCGACGUGCAGGGCCUAGCCGACGCGCUCAAGGCGGAGCUGGCCACGUCUCUGACGGGCCUGGUGGACUCGAUCGUGGAGCGUUGGGCGCAGCAGCGGCGCGCUCAGGUCAAGGCGGCAGAGGCCGAGAGCCAGGCCUCGCCGCGUGCCGAGAUCCUGCGCCGCAUCAGCCAGCACAACGGCCGCUUCCCGGCGGCGGCGGCUGCUGCGGCGGCGGCGGCGGCGCUGGGGGGCGAGCUGCCACCGUUCGGCCUACCGCUGCGGCCGCCCACCAGCAUGGCCCACAUGUACCCGCCGCACAAGGGCUUCUCGGGCCUGAGUCCGGCGGCCUACGGCCUGCCGCCGUUCUGCGCGCCAUCACCGGGCGGUCAGCAGGAGCAGGAGUCGCCACUCAGCCUGGUCGUCACGCCCAAGAGGAAGCGGCAGAAGGUGUCGGACCCGCGGCUGGGCCACCUCGACUCUGACUCUCCACCGCCGCCGGCCGCCGCCGCGCCGCCGGCACCGCGCACGCUGCCCGGCCGGCUGCCCGACUCGCCGUUCCUGGGCUACCCGUACUACCCGGCCGCCACGCGCAGCCCGUCGGCCAGCCCGCCCUCGUCUCGGCCGACGAUGCUGCACCCGGCGCUGCUGUCGGCGGGCCGGCGCUCUCCGCCGGAUCCGCUCUCGUUCCGGCGCGAUUCAGCGGUGGAGCGGUCUGAUGGCCUGUCGAUGGACGCCGGCUACCAGCUGGGGGAGACGACCCACCACCACUCCCCAGCCGGCUUCCACGCCAAGUUCGACGCCCGGUCCGGUCUCUCGCUGACCGCCGACUUCUCGUCGACGCUGACGCCGAUGCACCUGCGGAAGGCCAAGCUGAUGUUCUUCUGGUCGCGCUACCCGAGCUCCUCGGUGCUCAAGUCCUUCUUCCCCGACAUCAAGUUCAACAAGAACAAUACCGCACAGCUCGUCAAGUGGUUCAGCAACUUCCGAGAGUUCUUCUACAUCCAGAUGGAGAAGCACUCGCGCCAGGCGCUCAGCGAGGGCGUCAAGUCGGCCGAGGAGCUGGUGGUCACCCCCGACUGUGAGCUGAUGCGGGUCAUCAACCUGCACUACAACAGGAACAAUCAUAUCGAGAUUCCGGCGGACUUUAUCUCCGUGGCCGAGGCGGCGCUGCGCGAGUUCUUCAGCGCCCUGCAGGCCGGUAAAGACGCCGAGCCCAGCUGGAAGAAGGCCAUCUACAAAAUCAUCGCGCGACUCGACCAGAACGUGCCCGAGUACUUCCGGUCGCCGAGCUUCCUGGAGCAGCUGGAGUGACGGGCGGCUGCAGCUCGGCCGCCGCCGAUACCCUCUCUGAGAGAGGCCGAUCCACAGAGUGCCUGCGUCAAUCGUCCCGUGCCUUCCGCUGUACAUAGCUCCGGGACAUACCCAGUCCCCGAGCACGUGAAUACGUGGCCAUAGCCCGCCGCCGGCUUGUGCGUACACAGCACAGCCAUGCGUACCUACAUUCCAUACAGCUCAGCACGCGCACCGCACAGCGCACACUGGCUCACCAGGCCCGCCAGCCGCGCCGGCGGCGCCACAAAACUGACGCAUAGAUUAGAGUAAAAAUAGAGUCCUAAGUGAAAGUUGUCUCGGGAGUUGUUUCGAAGAGAGCCAUUGCAUUUUUGUAUAUGCGUCUUUGAUGCUUGGUUUCCAUUCCAUUAAACCAGUUGGAGGUAGGUAGAUGUUAAUGCCAGUUGUGUAGUUAUUUGUUGUAAUAAUUGGUCACGUGUCUUUUUGAUCACGGUGUUGAACAGAGGAGCGCUCUCUAGUCGUCCCGCGGCGCGCGGUACCCCUACGUCAUAUCUAGUCACAACACAUUCCGCCGUCGGCCCCCCCCCCCACCCAGCUGGUGACGUCACGGUCAGUGUGACGUCACGGUGUCACCCGCAGUCACCGGUCAUAUCACGUGGUGUCGGGUCAGGUCAGCGCCAGACGUCGUCGCGCAGCGAGUUUUUCAUGUUUGCACAAAGAUACCGCCGAUCGCUGACGGAAGAUAGAACAGCGUGGUAUGCUGCAGACAUUGUGUGUGCCUGACUGCUUUUGUGUGUGCGUGCGUGUGUAAUGUGCGUGACACUCAGCAAAUGUAUAUCGAGACAAUACACACAAUAACAUGA